GAUAUUCAUGAUAUUCUGUGAAAUAGUCCGAGUUUGCACUGAGCACGCUUGUCGCCUCCUGCAGGAGUGACUGAGCCUCGCCGGGUGGAUGAGGAGGUCUGCGGGGAUGUGACGGCCGGAGCGGACAGCUGGCAGCAUCUUCACACACACACACACACACACACACACACACACACACACACACACACACACGCGCGCGCACACACUCACACACACACAGGUGGUGCCAGCCAUGUCGGACCCGGUGCAGACGACCUCGGACAGUCUGUGCAAACUGGUGCGCUGGGCCCACAGCCACGGCACCAUCUGCAGCCUCAUCCCCGGCCUGCAGCACCUCAGCCACGGCUCCUACGGCAGCGUGCUGACGCCGGAGCCCGGGCCACACGGCGGCGCCGUCACCGUCGCCGUGUGGGGCUGUGGCGCCGGACACGCCUACCACUGGCCCCUCGGUUACCACGACAACAGCUCCGGGUGCUCGGUCAACGCCAACCAGGGCCAGGAGAGGUUCGGAGGAGGCCGCCCGUCCAAUAAGGUGGCGGCGAGGGCGUCAUGUGACCUGUCCUGCAGCGAGCCGCCGUCCGAGGGCGAGGAGUUCAGCAGCCGGCUGUUCGAUAUCGCCGGAUGUGAUUCGUCGGCCACGGACGAGGACGGUGACUACGAGCCCCGCCCCUCCAGGAAGAGAGGUGUGGCGGCAGCGGCGGGGGCGGGAGGCAGAUCCGGACCGGGGAAGAAGAUCAAACAGGAAGCGGCCUCGGCGGAGGAUUACUACACCGUGGCUAACAUGGCGAGCGCGGGGCUGGCAGAGACGGAGCCCGUUGAACCUUCACCAGCCGCUCAGGCGCCAAACACACACUCCAGACUCACACACACACCUUCGCCCAGCAAGCCACACCCACCCUGCCCUCAGCCGCAGCCGCUCGCCCCCCUCGGGGAGCAGGGGGACGAGCUGGGGUGCGAGGGGUUAACGGACGCUGACAUGGAGCUGCUGGGCGGCAGCGGGCACGGCACGGCGGCGGCCGCAGAGCAGAGCGCAGGGCGCAGCUCCACCGCCACCGAGGCCGCAGAGCAAAGUGCAGGUGCGGGAGGUCAGAGCGAGCUGGAGCGUCUGCAGGCGCUGCUGCGAGCCGAGCGCAGCCGCAACGAGCAGAUGACGGAGACGAUCUCCAGCCUGAAGCAGGACAAGGAGCUGCUGCAGCACGAGCUCACCAAGAAGGCCGAGCUCAUCUGCGACUUCCUGCAGGACCAGCUGAGGCCAGAGAAGCGGCGGCCUCAUUCCUCCAAUCAGAUGGAAGCAGGAAGUUCCCACAUGGCCUUCCCCGACGACGCGGCAGGAUUCGAUUCGCCGGCGCUGUUCGACUCGUUCGAGGAGGUGGAGCUUCAUCCUCUGGAGCGCCACCGCAGCCUGAAGAGCAAGAGGAGCCGCGACGGAGAGAACACACGCGUCAGGAUGAAGAACGUGGUGGGGGUGAUUGCUCGCUACAUGGCCGCCCUGCAGGAGUUUCGCCGCAGCGUCUCCAUGAAAGUCGCCUUCGACCGCGUGGGCGUCGACCGCAACACGAUCUCUCGCACGGCGGCCAUCGCCGAGCUCAGCCUGGCGGCGCCGGAGGUUUUCCACGCGCUGGCGCCGUGGGACGAGAAGGAGGAGACGCUGGCGCACUACGCCCACCGCUGCCGGCAGGCCAUGGACGACAACAUCAAGAGCAAGAUCAAGAGCAUGAAGGCCAAAGGAGACCUGCUGCCCAUCGUGUCCAAGUGACACACACACACACACACACACACACACACACACACACAGGAGA